CAUUUUGGCCCUGUUACGUGUACUGGAUGGAUUAAACCAGCUGGCCCCACGGUUACGGGUCCAGUCAGUUAUUGAUGAUUUCUCUGAAGGGGAAAAUUUGAGUUUAGAUGAGCUCAGUGCUACUGGUGUCAAAAUUCCUCCGGAGGAAUUUGUCAACAGUAAGCUCACUCCAAAGUUGGCUCGACAGAUUCAGGAUGCUCUAGCCCUUUGUAGUGGGUCUCUUCCAUCGUGGUGUUACCAGUUGACAAGGUCCUGUCCAUUUCUUUUUCCAUUUGAGGUUCGACGCCAGUACUUCUAUUCAACAGCGUUCGGAUUAUCUAGGGCUUUAUAUCGGCUUCAGCAACAACAAGGUGCGGAUGGUAAUGGAUCUACCAAUGAGAGAGAAGUUAGGGUCGGGAGAUUACAGCGCCAGAAAGUCCGUGUCUCUAGAAAUCGCAUUCUAGAUUCUGCUGCGAAAGUAAUGGAGAUGUACUCCAGCCAAAAAGCUGUUCUUGAGGUUGAAUAUUUUGGUGAAGUUGGCACUGGUUUGGGUCCAACUCUGGAGUUCUAUACCCUUUUAAGUCAUGAUCUGCAAAAAGUUGGACUGGGAAUGUGGAGGACUAGUUCCUCAUCAAGUGAACAUUCAGUGGAAGUGGGCGUGGAUGAAAAAUUGAACGGGGAAGAUAAAGAACUUGUCCAAGCACCUCUUGGAUUAUUCCCACGGCCCUGGCCAUCGGCUGUUGAUACCGCUGAUGGAAACCAAUUCACCAAGGUAAUAGAAUAUUUCAGAUUGCUUGGGCGUGUGAUGGCCAAAGCACUUCAAGAUGGGCGGCUUUUGGACCUCCCUAUGUCAACAUCAUUCUAUAAACUUGUCCUUGGCCAAGAGCUUGAUCUGUAUGAUAUUCUCUCUUUUGAUGCUGAGUUGGGAAAGACUUUGCAAGAGUUGCAAGCUCUUGUUAGUCGGAAACAAUAUAUAGAAUCAAUGGGAGGCCUGGGCCAAGACAAAAUUAGUGAUUUGCAUUUUCGUGGGACUCCAGUUGAGGAUCUUUGUUUAGAUUUCACACUCCCAGGCUAUCCUGAAUAUGUUCUGAAAGCAGGCGAUCAGAAUGUGGAUCUUAGUAACUUGGAGGAAUACGUUUCUUUGGUGGUUGAUGCCACUGUGAGGACUGGAAUUGGGCGGCAGAUGGAAGCAUUUAGAUCUGGCUUCAAUCAAGUAUUUGACAUUUCAGCUUUGCAAACAUUCUCUCCUACUGAGUUGGACUACCUGCUUUGUGGCCGUAGAGAGUUAUGGAAGGCUGAGACGCUUGUAGAUCAUAUCAAAUUUGAUCAUGGAUAUACAGCCAAGAGUCCCGCUAUUGUUUAUUUACUAGAGAUCAUGGGAGAGUUCACUCCUGAGCAGCAACGAGCGUUCUGUCAGUUUGUCACUGGUGCUCCCCGGCUUCCUCCAGGUGGUCUGGCUGUGCUCAAUCCUAAGCUGACAAUCGUGAGGAAGCAUUCAUCUAGUGCUAGUAAUACAGCAUCAAAUGGUAAUAUGCCGUCAGAAUCUGCAGACGAUGACCUACCUAGUGUGAUGACAUGUGCUAACUACCUGAAACUGCCUCCCUAUUCUACUAAGGAAAUCAUGUACAAAAAGUUACUCUAUGCUAUCAAUGAAGGCCAAGGAUCUUUUGAUUUAUCAUAAGUCACCUGACAAAUGGACUUGUGAAUACAACUGUGAAAUUGUUGUGUCUGGUCCUCAAUAAAGGCGGCUCUGGCCCAUCCUCAACUAACAACACCAAGCUGACAUUGGGGCCGCGUGAUCAGGAUGGGAGAUUUUUUCUGCGGGGGGUUCUUUGCUGCAAAUGCUUGUAAAUAUGUAGGAAGAUUGUUCUUUCAAUUUUGAUGUUUUAAGGUCGUGCCUUACAUACAUGUGAGGGCAUAAUGUGGCCUUUUGUCACUUUGCUUCUCGCAGAUAUAAGAAAUGUUGUUCUUUGACAUUUCAGUUAUUAGUAAUAUGUUCCAAUAAAUUGGCCAGCAUAA